CAAAUCUCCUCCGCUUUCCUAUCCCAACCCCAAUUUCUAGGGUUUGGAUUCCAAUCCCUAAAUAAUCAGCGAUGGUUCGAAAAUCGUAAUUCGAUUCAUCCUCAAAGGGUGAAAAAAAUGGAAAAUCAGAGCGGAUGCUUGUCGAUCAUGGCGUCGUGGGUCGGCACCAGCGUCGCCACCGCCUUCUUCGCAUCGCUCGAGCGUUGUUCCUGCAUCAACCUCUCCACCUCCGACGACAUCGAGGACUCCGAGGCCCACGACCGCCCUCUCAUGUUCACCAAUUGCUCCUCCAUCUCCUCUUCCGUCUCUGCUUCCACCGCUCCUCCCACCGAUGUCGUCCAUCUCCCAGUGUAAUGACUCUGCCGCGGUUCGUUCUCUCUCCUUCGGGACUGAAUAGGUUCCUUUUUUGUUCGAUAAAAUUUCUUGCUUUCUGUGAAAUCUGAUGGGCAACUCGUGGUAUUUGAGAUUUCCGUUUCUCUUUCUCUGAUGAUCAUUCUGAAUGAUUGCAUAAUGCGAUCAAUCAAAACUCUUUCGGUGAUCUUUUUGUUGUUCUAAUGUAAUUAUAAAGCGGUAGUAGAGGAAUUUGGAUCGACAAUCUGUGUGUCGAUCUUCCCCUGUAAUUACAGGAUGUAAUCCAGAUAUAUACAAUCAAUAAAAGAAGAGUAAUUUA